AAGGUGGUAAAUUCGGUGUCUACGUACUUGAGCAGUUGAAUGAGUUUUCGACACUGCGCAUCGAGAGUACUCUUCUUAUCUAAAUUUUCUUCAUUUUCUACUUGGCAGUAGCAAGACCAAGUAAAACUGGAGAUUCUACGAAGAUCCAGGAUUUUCUAGGACGGAUUUUCUGUUUUUACAGUACAUGUUGCUGUAACGACUUGGCACGAAUCAGGACAAUCCCAAUAAAAUGCAGCAACCAGUGAUGGAAGGCGGAGCGGCCUACGAGCCCUCUGUAAGAAGCUACGACGAUCUUUUUCCAGCUCUACCGGAAUCGACCCCACAACAGCAAACGAACUCCAGCAUAGGACAAUGGACCAACAACAAGAUGAGAGUUGGAUCGACAACAAUUACCCAAGUAUUCAGAGUUCCAUACGAAGAACGCAAACUCGAUGUUCAAAAAUUCGGCGAAGGCGAAUCAAAUCAUAUCUGCGGUAACAUAAUGAAGGAAACAGGAGCCCACAUUGAAAUAUCUCACGCUAAAGAUCAGUCACUGACAUUCCUUGUGACUGGCAAACAAAAUGAAGUACUUGAAGCAAGACGAAAGAUUUUGACACAUUUCCAAACGCAGGCAAAUAGACAAAUAUCAAUCCCAAAAGAACACCACAGAUGGAUUUUGGGCAAGAAAGGUGACAGAUUGAAAGAAUUAGAAAAGACUACAGCUACAAAAAUUUCAGUACCUGCCAUGAACGAUCCAUCAGACAUCCUUACGAUAACAGGUACCAAAGAAGGCAUUGAAAAGGCCGAACACGAAAUUCGCGUGACCUCCGAUCAACAAUCCAAAAAGGCCUCAGAACGCUUGAACAUCCCCAGACAUUUCCAUCCCUUCAUAACUGGUCCCUUCAACCAAAACCUCAACAACAUGAUGACAGAAACCGGUGCCAAAAUCAACGUACCCCCACCAUCCGCCAACAAAGAUGAAAUCUUCAUUGCUGGUGAGAAGGAAGGUGUCAUGGCGGCUAAAAACAAAAUCGAGGAUUUGUACAAAUCGAUCGAGAAGAAAUUGAAGACCGUUGCGGUGGAGGUGCCCAAGAGCCAACACAGAUACGUGAUUGGACCAAGAGGAUCUACGAUUCAGGAGAUUUUGCAGACUACCGGUGUCAGCGUUGAGAUUCCACAGACUGAUUCACCAACUGGUACUAUCACGUUGCGAGGCCCCCACGAUAAACUAGGCCUAGCCUUGAGCGUAGUAUACGAAAAAGCCAAUUCCGUUCGCUCCAGCGACGUGGACGCCCCCUCGUGGAUCCACAAGUACAUCAUCGGUCGCAAGGGUGCCAAUAUCAAGGAGAUCACACAAAACUUGCCAAAGGUCCACGUCGAGUUCACCGGUAAGGACGACAAGAUCAAGAUCGAAGGACCGCCAGAAGAAGUGGAAAAAGCACAAGAACAACUCGAAAGCAUCGCGAAGGACCUUAUCAGUAAGAUGACCUUUUUGGAGAUGCACGUGGAUCCUAGACUUUUUAAGCAUAUCAUUGGAAAAAGUGGUGCCAAUAUUAAUAAACUUAAGGAAGAUUUUAACGUACUAAUCAACAUAGACGAGAGCGGUCUGGUCAGAAUUGAAGGCAACAGAGACGACGUCGCUAGUACCAGAACAGAACUAGAACAAAGAAUCUUCAAGCUAGAAAACGAAAAAGAAAAGGACGUAAUCAUAGAACAAAGACAUUACAGGAAUAUCAUAGGUACUAAAGGUGAAAAUAUCAAAGAUAUAAGAGAUAGAUUUAAUCAAGUACAAAUUUACUUCCCCGGUCCAGGAGACCGCAAUGACAUCGUCAAAGUGCGAGGACCAAAGGAGGAUGUCGAUAAAUGUGCCAGGCACUUGGAGAAGCUAGUCAAAGAACUUAACGAAUCAUGGUAUAAAAUUGACCUUCCCAUCUACAAACAAUUCCACAAGUUCAUCAUCGGAAAAGGUGGUGCUAACAUCCGCAAAAUCCGUGAAGAAACCCAAACCAAGAUCGACCUGCCGGACGAAGGCGACAAAAACGACACCAUAACGAUCACCGGCAAAAAAGAAAACGUCGAGGAAGCCUGCGAAAAGAUCCGCAAGAUCCAAGACGAAUUAGAGAAUAUCGUAACCGAAGAAAUCACAAUCCCGCCCAAAUUCUACAAUUCCCUCAUCGGUGCCAAAGGAAAGCUCAUCCACUCCAUCAUGGAAGACUGUGGUGGUGUUACUAUUAAGUUCCCCACGGCUGACAGUAAAAGCGAUAAGGUUACUAUCAGAGGGCCUAAAGAAGAUGUUGAAAGAGCCAAGCAGCAGCUAUUGGAUCUAGCCAAUGAAAGGCAACUUGCCAGUUUUAGUGCCGAGGUACGUGCCAAACCUCAACAUCACAAAUUCCUCAUCGGUAAAAAUGGUGCCAACAUAAAGAAAAUCAGAGACUCAACCGGUGCUCGUAUCAUUUUCCCUGCCGACGAUGACGAAGACCGAGAAGUGAUAGCUAUUAUUGGCAAGAAAGAGGCUGUCGAAGAAGCCAAGGCCGCUUUGGAAGCCAAAAUCAAGGAUAUUGACAAUAUAAUAGAAAGCGUAAUGCAAGUCGAACCGCGCCACCACAAACACUUCGUGGCCCGCAGAGGUGAAGUUCUGAACCGAAUCUCCGAAGAAUGCGGAGAAGUGAUGAUCUCCUUCCCCCGUUCGGGCGUCGACAGCGACAGAGUCGUGCUCAAAGGACCUAAGGAGUGCAUAGAAGCAGCUAAAACCAGAAUCAACGAAAUCAUAGCAGAUUUAGAAUCGAUGGUUACUAUCGAAUGCAUCAUCCCUCAGAAGCACCAUAGGACCGUAAUGGGUUCCAAGGGACGUAAAGUACAAAUGAUUACUUCAGAUUUCGACGUGCAAAUCAAAUUCCCCGAAAGAGACAACCAGGAAUUGUACAAUCACGAACAAGUUAAUGGAGAUGUCGAUACGGAGCCUAUUAGGCAGUGUGAUGUGAUCAAAAUAACAGGAAAAGAAACAAAUUGUCAACAAGCCAAACAAGCUCUAUUGGACUUAGUUCCAAUCACGAUUGCAGUAGACGUUCCAUUCGACUUCCACCGUUCCAUCAUCGGCCAAAAAGGCCGCGACGUGAAAGACCUAAUGGACAGGUACGACGUCCACAUCGUUCUUUCCGCUCAAGACAUCAGGGAAGAUAUCAUCAAGAUCACCGGUACGGCCAAUAAUGUCGAAGAUGCCAAGCAAGCGCUUCUAGACAGAGUUAAAGAUCUUGAAGCCGACAGGAAAGACAGGGAAUUGAGGUCGUUCGGUUUGCAAGUCGAAGUACCUCCAGAGUACCACCCCAAGAUUAUCGGCAAGAAGGGAGCUGUUAUCACCAAGAUCAGGAAAGAUCAUGAUGUACAGAUCACAUUCCCCAAGAAGGGUGACCCAGAAGAGUCCAUCAUCAUAAUCACCGGAUACGAAACCAAUGCCAACAAUGCCAAAGAUGAUAUUAUGAAGAUCGUCAACGAACUCAACGAGCUAGUCAAAGAAGAAAUCUCCAUCGACUCCAAUGUCCAUUCCAGACUGAUCGGCGCCAGAGGGCGCAACAUCAGGAAGAUCAUGGAAGACUUCAACGUCGACAUCAAAUUCCCUAGGGACGGGGACGCCGACGAGAACCUCGUGAUCAUCACUGGCCAAGAGGAAAGUGUCCUCGAAGCCAAAGAUCAUUUGCUCAAUCUAGCCGAAGAAUAUUUGCAAGACUACACUGAACUACAAACCCGAGAAAGACUCCACACGUUGAGCUCCCACUUCGAACCACCUGCAGCUCAAAACCACAACGCCCAUCGCAACAGGGACGAACCCAACAAUGGCUUCGUCGUCCAAGGCGGUCCAUGGGAACAGCAGAGAGCCGCCGCUCCCAACACCGCCAGCGUAACGGAGUUUCCGUCCUUCAGACGCAACACAGAAGAACCCCAAUCUUCUCCUGCCCCGGUAGCUGGGGCCUGGGGAUCCCGCCGAUAAAAACGUAACUGACGCAUCGCUCUUUCCCUCCUACUUUUCGUCGAAAGAUAUUUUUAUUAAUUACUAUUGAAUGUAUUCGUUUUUAGUUUGAUAUGUUUUGAUUUGGUUCCUUGGUUUACUUUUUACUAGGUCGGUUCGAUAAGUACUCGUCUCCUUUUUGCUCGAUAUAUUUCACAUAGCGAUGCUCCAUCUUCAUUAAUCCGUCUGAAAAAUAUGUUUUUCGAUGUCUGCAAAGUAGGCUUUGAAAACAAAAAGAAGUCAUACAGCGCUAAAUCUGGAGAAUACGAUGGAUGAGGCACUAGUUUGUAGCUUAAUUUGACCAAUUAGGCCAUGAUGACGUUGAAGGUGUGAGCCGGUGCGUUGUCAUGGUGAAAGAGCACUUUUUUCGUCAAUUGCAGCCGUUUUUUUUUCAAUUCGGCGUCGAAUCGGACUAAUAAUUCGAGCCCUGUGACCGUUUGCCCCGUUUCCAGUAAGUCGAUGUAGAUCACACCUUGUGAAACCCUGGAUUUCACCUUUCCGACCGAUAGGACUGACUUCACCUUCUUCGGAAAACGUUCACCGGUUAAAGUCCACUGUUUCGACUGUUUCUUGGUCGCUGUUGUGUACCAGUAGAUCCAUGUUCGGCCGAUGGUUAUGAAACAACGUAGAAAUUCCUUUGGAUUACGCUUAAACACUGCUCUGUGCGUCGAUAGCUUUUUCAUGCCCUAUAUUUUAUGCAGGAUAUGACCCACGCGAUCUUUUGAGAUGCCUACUGUAUCAGCUAUCUCGUGCACCUUCAGUCGGAGUCGGACUUAUCGAAAACCGACUACGGCCACGUUGAAACUCAUUAAACCAAUUUUUGACGGUCACCAUCGAAAAAAAAGUCACCCUUCACAGCAUUCAUGUGCUCUUUGAUUUCCCUUCCAAUGAAAAACAAGAAUCGAAUCACCGACCAAUAUUGCUCUUUUCAUUUUUCUAAAAUCCUCAAACACACCCGCUUCCACAAAUAGUUGAAACAAAACUACAAGUCUACAAGAAUGUAUUACUCAAUAGUAGCUUUCUCUUGCGAUAGUUGCGCCAUCUGGCGCUGAGGUUAAGUACUUAUCGGACCGCCUACGUACUAGUUUCUGUUGUGGUUGAUAGUUUCACUUUAGUUUCUUCAUCUCUGCGGCGUAAGAUGCGCCCAAAGCAUUUAAGAAUUCAAGUGUGUUGCUUUAAUGUUUGAGUUUCUCGGUUAAAUAUUCACAAUUUUUUUCUCUUUUCAACAAAAUUAAAUCUGAAAGUACACAAUGAUCACUGCCAAAAAAUAUAGAAUAACUAAGAAGCAAAUUUCGCGAUAUGAGACCGUUCCUGUAAGAAAAAUGCUAGAUUUCGUAUAUCUUGGUCUAUGAAUAACAUUAACAUAAGUAUUUAAUAAUAGAUAUUUCAUAAAAAUAAACAUCCCCUGCUAGAUUUAGAGACUUUUCUCGCGAAAUUGCGAAAGAGAACUAAAACCGAAUCAAAUGCAACACUGGCGGUUAAAUUUAUACUCUUAACGAAGUUAAAGAACAAUCAGCAACUAUAAUAUAAUCUAAUGUUUACUCUAAUCUAUAUAAUUUUGAAUAUAUGAUUGUUAAGUCGUUGAUUUUCAUUGUGGGUUGCUGUUUUCGCCGUUGACUUGAUUUGGCCGAGCUUUCGACGCAUUAUGUGGAGUCAUCAGUACUUUCAGGACUUCAAUUUAAAAAUUUUUAUCUUUUGUUCUUCUCAUUUUUCAUCUAAAUACAAAUAUAUGGUAAAAAUAAAGUUAUAUAGAUAUAAAGCGGUAUUGUUUGAGUAAAAACGGCAACUGUAGGUAAAAAUCUGUUAAUGAUUUUGAAAUUGUAAUUGCAUUAGCCGCCAGAUGUCGCCAUCGGUGACAGUUCUCCCGACUUUCGACGAAAGGUAGGAGCGUAUCGAGCGCCGUCAAAAGUUGAGGUUAUGUUUAAAAUACUAACCUUAGUUGUUAAGUUAGUUGCGAACCGUUGCAACUCUCUUCCCUCACUGUUUGCUGCAUUAAAAUAGAUAAAAUGGCCUGGCGACGUACCUGGACUCGCGAAUAAAGGUUCACCGACAUUGAAACUGAAUAAAAAGAGAGAAAACUUUGCUGGUUUCUUUUUUCUACGAUAUUAAUCGAUGUCUUCCGAAACGGAGGCAUUGCGGCCUAUUACCGGCACUAAAUAAGUAGAGAUGUUAUGAUGUUUAUAAGUUUUUAUGUUUUUUAAUUUUUUUGCUAUGUAUGUUGUCGCUCCGAGCUAUAAUACGGUUAGGUACGUACUGUAAGCCUAUUUUGGGCAACAGCCUGUGGACAUACCAAACAAAAGAUUGCUCAUGUACUAUAUCUCUAUCACUGAUAUGUAUUUAAUUCGAAUUUAUCGUGAGUAAUCUCUAAAGAACAAUACUACGACAAUAAACGAUGGAGUGAUUCUAUUAAACAAAACAAUACUUUCAGGAUGAUCCACGGGCUGGCCUACAUAUCGGGACAUACACUUUAGAUGGCAAAAAUUAGAAUAAAUGGGCGGGGGGUAAGAAAUUCUGUGAUAUUAAAAAAUGAUUUCAUGUCUACAUUGAAAGUGAUACGAAGGAAACGUUAGUAAAGACGACGAAAUCGACUAAUGCUUUUGGAAGUAUACUGCGGGACACUCACAAUGCGGACUAGAUUUAACUUCGAAACACGUCGCAUUCCGUCAAGUCACAUGAUCUACUUUGUCCGUCCCCGAUUUUGAAAUAACACGAAACAACAGUGACCGAUUUUCAUUAGUGUGUUUGGCGACGUGACCCUCUAGUGAUUGAAAUAUAAACUACGUUGUGAAAAGUGACAAUGACAGUUACAUCACUUGUCAAAAGUGACUGACAAUGGACAUUUAUGUCACUUGUCAGAAGUAAUUGACAAUUCAACAAAAUUCAGGCGAAAGUUUACAGUAAUAUUACUUUAUAGUCCAAAUAAUUAAAAUAUUUUUGCGUUUGCUUGAUUUGAGUCUGCUCGGUAUGGUAAACAAAGGCAUUAGAAGCUGUUACAACAAUAAUGGGCAACAUUUUUCUUUUAUUAUAACUGUCUAUAAAAAUGUUUAUUAUUUACUUGUUGUGGAACUGUAGUUUCCUGGAAUCAGUCGGAGUAUGAUAUUAUAUUUUGAAAGGUUGGCAACGUUAUGGAAACGUAUCCAACAUCGAUGUUGCCAAAUUUCCAAUGUGAUCUGGGAUUGCCGCGCAAUCUGCACAUUCUUGUCGAGUUUUUGUACUAAGGGGAAACGAAAAAUGAAAACGAAAAAAACGAUCUAAAGUGUCUGGACCGUGUCUCCAUAUAUGCAUACUUGUCGCAUAUCAUUGUGUUAUCAAUAUAUUUUAUAUUUAUAUUUUUUGAACUUUUAUAUAUUUUUAUUUGUGUCAUAACUUCUCUGCCCCUUUUUUUCGAAAAAAAAACAAGGCAGUGUGAUCGUGCCUUCCUUACAAAUUUCAUUUUUUUUAUACGAUCGUACUAAAAUUGGUGCUACUAUAGUAUGCGGUCUACCUGUGCAUGUGUAUAGAGCCUACAAACAGUUUUCUGCCUUUCAUUAUUGUAUACAAACCCUUCUGAGAAGAGAUUAUGGUGUUGUUCUGUAGACCGCAAGCUAUAGCAGAAACGCGACGGUAGACCGCAUACCAUAGUGGUACCCUAAAAUUAUCUCGCCCGUACCACCUCGAUGCGGAAAAGGAAUCUCGGUUGUCUUGGCCUCUCGUCCGUUCCUGUGUCCAGAUUAUAUUUUCAUACAUUGGGAAAGCGGGUCUAGGAUGGCUCCUCGGGGUACACAGAUUGUUAACGGAAGUUUUUGGAACGGAGGCGAGGCGAACGGUACUACCGCAGCUUCUUUUUUCCUUUGUUACUGGAUCAUCUGUCCUGAGAGGUAACAGAAUUUGUAUUUUAUAAUUUUUUUUAUUUAAUUAUAUUUUAGGUAUGUUAAAACUGAACGUAUAUGAUGAAAAUAAUGACUGAUUGUGUAUUGUUGAAUCCGAUUCGGCAGUACUUAAUACAUUUGUUUGUAAAAUUUUGAGUUUUGCUGUUAAUCAUUGUAUAUAUGAUAAAUAUAUUAUUUUACAGAGUCCUUGAGGUCAAUUUUGUUAGCCCAGGACUAACCUGAGGGAGAGAAUAUAUUAAAAACAAAUAAAAAUUUUAAAA